AUGGAUAAACAAGUGCGCAUAAAAGAACAGUCAAUUAAAAGACUUGAGAACGACAUCAAAGCAUAUGAAAAAGAACUAUCUGAAAUUCAGCAGGAAAAGGAAAAAGAGGAAGCAGGAAAGAAUGACUGCUAUCUACUGAAAAUGAUAGCACAGAGAUAUGAAGAAACAAAGCAGGCACUUGACAGCACACACACAAUUCUCAAGAAAACAAAGGCAGAGCUAGAAAAAAUAAAAAAAGCAUAG